AUGACAAAUUAUGAUGACGAUGAUGACGAUAAGGCUCUACAGGAAUUUCUAGCCAAGAAGAAGACAGCAAACCUUCAUUCACCCUCUUCCAAUUUUAAUCAUCAGAGUUCGAGGAAUAUAUUUGCUUCGUUUGAUGCUUCUGCUCUUUCUAAAAGUACUUCUCCUAAAAAACCUCUAACCUCCCCAACAAAACAAAACAAUAAGGAUGAUGAAGAUGAGGAUGAGAAGGCUCUCCAAGAGUUUCUCCAAGCAAAAAAGUCAAAACCGUCUCCUGGAGCUUUCAAUACUCAAAGUUCGAGAAAUGUAUUGGUAGGGUUUAGUCCAGUAAAACCUAAAGUACCAACACGGAUUCCAAAUAAUGAUGGAGUAGGUGGUUCAGACUUUCUUGCUCCAUUUACAAUAACAGAAACACCUGCCUCUGCUAGAAAGGAGAAGGAAGACGAAGAUCAAAAAGCACUUAAUGAGUUCAUGUCUAAAAAACAAUCCAUGUAUGAGGUAUCGUCGAAAAAUACAGCAAGUUCUAGGAACAUAUUUGAAGGUUUGGAUACCUCUGCAAUGCUUAAAGUUGGAGUUUCUUCAUCGUUGAGAGUAGCUCCAAAACUGACAAGAGAAAAUUCUACUAUCUCCCAAAAACCAAGAGGAAUGUUAAGGAGGGAAGGUUCUUCUCUGCUGACGAAUAACGAUGGCACACUAUCGAGACCACCUCCUCUAUUGAGAGGUAAUUCUACAAUGACAACAGCACCAUCUGCUCCUAGGAGAGGAAUGUUACAAAGAGAGAAUAGUAGUUUUAUUACUAGGAAGAAUAAUGAAUAUGAGCUAUCUGAUAAACCCUUGUCUGAUGUUCCAACAAAGAGAGGGCCACUACAGAGAGAAAACAGUUUAAUGAUGAGGGAGGGAUCACAAUCUGUGCCCAGAGCAAGACCUCCACUCGAAAGAGGAAUGUCAAGAAACGAUCAAGGCUACAAACAGUCAAUUAAUCAGAGAUUCCUUUCCAAAAUGAAAACGAAGAAUGAAGGAUUUGAUGAUUUUCCUGAUACAGUGAGCGAAGUUUCUGUUAUGUCUGUGAGGUCGACAGAAACUGCCCUACUGAGUGAUAGAGAAAUUAAUGAAGAAGUUGGAUUUACACAUCAGGUAGAAUUUGUACAGUUGAAUCAUUUGGUGUCUCAAUUCAUGACUUGUGGAUUUCCAGUUCUUGUUUUUGACAAACUUGGCUCAAUAGAAUAUUUGAAUAAGGAAGCCGAGGAUUUAUUUGGAGUCUUUUCAUUCAGUGCUCUUGGGGAACAUGUGAGUGAAUUGUUUUUGGAUGAUGCUUCUGUUGAACUACAUCAGGCAAUUUAUGAAUUCUUGGGUCCAACUGAGAAUAGCACUCUGAAGGCAGAUAAAAUUGGUUCAGACCAGAACUAUCUCGAUGAUAUUCGACCUUACAAUCAAAUCAGUGAGGAAGAAAAACUGGAGAGAAGAAGGGCCCUUUCACAGUUAAGAACUUUGAGAGCCAAAGCAACAACAAUCAAGCAAUUCUUUUCAGUAUCCGCCAAGAUUAUCCCAAUAUCAAAAUUACAAGAAACUCACUUUUGUAUAUACAUGAGGUUUGCUCAACAAGCAGAAAAUGGCAAAUAUUCACAAAUGACCAACUCACUGAAUCAAGCAGUAACAGAAAUGAUUACUAUUCCAGUUAUUACAAUCAAUGACAAGGGAAUUAUUCAAGUUUUUAACAAGGCUGCCUCAUCCACUUUUGGUUUCGAAGCUAAAGAAGUUGUUGGAAGAAAUGUCAAAAUUAUUUGUAAUAAGAAGGAUAGACUCAAACAUGACAGCUAUUUGGAAAAAUGUAAAACCAAAGAUAAGAAUACUCUCAAUAUGGUAAAGAAAGUGAAGGGAGAAACCAAGUCAGGCAAGAUCAUCUCGGUAGAAAUCAGAGUAUCCCACAUUCUAAAAGAUGGUAAAUCUUCAUACAUUGCUUAUAUUAGAGAUUACAAAUCAUUAUGCUGUCAAGCAGGUGGUUUCUCAUGGAUUAGAAUGGAUUUGUUCUGGUCAUCAGUUGAAACAACCAAACAAGUUUACAACUUUGCUUCUUAUGACACAUUGUUGACUGCAUUGAAAUUGAGAGGAUUGAAAGCAUUGUUCAUUCUAACCUAUUCCAAUACUCUCUACACUGGAAGUGCCUCUACUCCACCAACUACCGAUAUCGCCAUCGAAGCUUUUGCUAAUUAUAGUAGAGCAGCUGCUAAGCAUUACGCUAAUGAGAAUGUUAUUUUCGAGGUUUAUAAUGAGGCAGAUCUUCAGGGAUUCACUCCAGUUACUUAUGCUGCAUUAUCAAAAGCUGCAGUUGCUGCCAUUCGAGAGGGAAACCCAAAUGCUCAAGUUUCUACAACUGGUGUCGCUGGUUUUUCGUAUACUUUUGUGAGAGGUUUCACAUCUGAAGGUGGUGCUGCCUCAAAGAAUGGUUCUCAAUUGUUUUCUGGAAUAGGAUUGCAUCCUUAUGGAGUUGGUAGUCCUAAAUCACCAUUCGGAAGAUUCCCAGAUUUGACUAGAAAGUUCAGAUCAAUUAUUAAUGAUAACAUCAAUGCCACUCUUCAAGGAAAGGCAUCUACAUUGACAAGUGCUCAAAAAUCUUUGAUUUCUACGGUGCCACCUGUUUGGGAUACUGAAUGGGGUCUCACAGCAACUGAUUUCGACUCAAACUCGAAUGGAUUGGACGAAGCAGCAUUGAGACUUCAUGCUAAUAAUGUAGUAGGAAGAUUACUCUCCUCAUGCGCAGUUGGUUUCCCAAUUUACAUUUAUUACGAUUUGAGAAAUGAUGGAGUUGACCCAACAAAUAGAGAACACAAUUUCGGUUUGCUUUUCAAUAAUUAUACUGACAAGCCAGCCAUGAAAGCCGUCAAGCAAUUGAGUUCAAUCGUAAGAAAUAGAUUAUUUGAUGGAUAUAUUCAAAUUGAACACCCUUCUGUAACUGCUAUGAGAUUUAAGAGUUCAAAUGAUUCAGUUAUUGUCCUGUUGCCAACUGAAACUGGAGCUUCAGUUAAUAUUAAGGCAAAUAGUGCCAGUUCAGUAGUAGAUAUUUUUGGAAGAAAUGUAACUGUUUCAAAAGAUAAUACAUUCACAGUGAAGGAAACUGAAGGAUUGGUCUAUGUAACUUUUGUGACGCCAAUGGUAACACCAACCGUAAGUCAACCAAUUAUUCAACCAGCAAAUAGCACAAAGGUUUCAUCAGCAGAGAAGCUAAUUGGAAAUUGGAUCAUUCUUGCUUUACUACUCAUUUUGAUUAUUGUGUAA